AUGUGGCGAAGAGAAGACGGUUUAGAGCCUUUUAUCGGUGUUAUUGUUACACCAUACGAUGAAGAACAUGAAUCUAAUGUAUCCAGAUUUCAAUUCUGGGUGAGUGGAUCAAACUACGACUUAUCGGGACAAUUCAUAACACCAAGUGAAACUUUACCAGAAGAAAUGUUCUCGCAGCUGUCCGGAUUAGUUGAAGAGUAUCAAAAUUAUGACCAGCGAGUUGAUAUGACAGAAUCAUUUAGAGAUGAUGAUGAUAUUUCGAAGCUUGAUAAAUUGAUGGAAUCAUUAUCUUCACAUAUAUCUGUCUCUUCAUCCGCAACCGAGGAAUUUAUUUUACGGGUUAAGGAACUUAUGAAUACCGAUUUUUUACCAAAAGAGAAAAGUCAUGUGAAAAUUAAUGCAAAAAGUAAUGCGGAAUGUCAUAACAAUUUUGGUGAUUCAACAAUUUCAAAAGAAAAGAAAGAAAAUGAAUGA